CAGACAGCAGCCAGGGCCGCAAGUGCGCCUUUGUUUGACUGUUCGCAGCCUGGGGCUCCCCCCUCUGCUGCGCGCCCCCGCCGCCGGCCCGCGCCGCAGUCCGCGUCCACCCCAGCCGGGUCAGCCCUCCAGUAGGGCUCCGCGCAUCUCUGAGCCGGCUCGCGGGAGCGAGCGAGCAGGGGAGGGGACAGCAGCCGGCGCCUGAGGGCUGAGGAGUCCGCUCUCUGCAGCCUCUCUGCAGCGGGGCCCUAGCUGCUGCAGCAAGCAGCAGCCUAGCCCGGGGUGCCGACCCGCAGGGGGUGGCAGAGAGCGUUGGGGCAGGGGUCGGUUGGUCGUGGCUGGUGGGGCAGGGAGAGCUUGCAGGCAGCAUGGUGGCACUGCGGGCCAGGCGCGGCUCUGGGCCCUGGCUGCUGGCGCUGUCCAUGCUGAGCUUCUGCUUAAUGCUGCAAGUCAGUGCCAAGAGGCCUCCCAAGACGCCCCCGUGCCCACCCAGCUGCUCCUGCACCAGGGAUACCGCCUUCUGUGUGGACUCUAAGGCGGUGCCCAGGAACCUGCCCUCGGAGGUCAUCUCUCUGACGCUGGUGAACGCUGCCUUCUCAGAGAUCCAGGACGGAGCCUUCGCCCACCUGCCACUGCUGCAGUUCUUGUUGCUCAACUCCAACAAGUUUACGCUGAUUGGAGACAACGCCUUCACGGGAUUGUCGCACCUGCAGUACCUCUUCAUUGAGAACAAUGACAUUUGGGCACUGUCCAAGUUUACCUUCAGGGGGCUGAAGUCUCUGACACACCUCUCGCUGGCCAACAAUAACCUGCAGACCCUGCCUAGAGACAUCUUCCGGCCCCUGGACAUCCUGAGUGACUUGGACUUGCGAGGCAACUCGCUCAACUGUGACUGCAAGGUAAAGUGGCUGGUGGAAUGGCUGGCACACACCAACACCACGGUGGCCCCCAUUUACUGUGCCAGCCCACCCCGCUUCCAAGAGCACAAGGUGCAAGAUUUGCCGCUGCGGGAGUUCGACUGCAUCACCACGGACUUCGUGCUGUACCAGACCCUGGCCUUCCCAGCCGUGUCGGCGGACACUUUCCUUUACUCCAGCGACCUCUACCUGGCUCUGGCCCAGCCAGGUGCCAGCGCCUGCACUGUCCUCAAGUGGGACUAUGUGGAACGGCAGCUUCGAGACUAUGAUCGGAUCCCAGCUCCCUCCGCGGUGCACUGCAAGCCGAUGGUGGUGGACAGUCAGCUGUACGUUGUUGUGGCCCAGCUCUUUGGCGGCUCUUACAUUUACCACUGGGACCCCAACACCACGCGCUUCACCAAGCUGCAGGACAUCGACCCCCAGCGUGUGCGCAAGCCCAACGACCUCGAGGCCUUCCGCAUCGAAGGCGACUGGUAUUUUGCUGUGGCUGACAGUUCUAAGGCAGGCGCCACCAGCCUCUACCGCUGGCACCAGAAUGGCUUUUACUCCCACCAGGCACUGCACCCCUGGCACCGUGACACCGACCUGGAGUUUGUGGAUGGGGAGGGCAAGCCGCGGCUGAUUGUGUCCAGCAGUUCCCAGGCGCCGGUCAUCUAUCAAUGGAGUCGCUCCCAGAAGCAGUUUGUGGCCCAGGGCGAGGUGACGCAGGUGCCUGACGCACAGGCUGUGAAACAUUUCCGUGCCGGUAGAGACAGCUACCUGUGCCUCAGUCGCUACAUCGGCGACUCCAAGAUCCUGCGCUGGGAGGGCGCCCGCUUCUCCGAGGUGCAGGCCCUGCCCUCCCGGGGCUCCCUGGCCCUACAGCCCUUCCUCGUGGGUGCCCACCGCUACCUGGCACUGGGCAGCGACUUCUCCUUCACGCAGAUCUACCAGUGGGACGAGGGGCGACAGAAGUUUGUCCGGUUCCAGGAGCUGGCCGUGCAGGCGCCUCGGGCUUUCUGCUACAUGCCCGCUGGGGAUGCCCAGCUGCUCCUGGCACCCAGCUUCAAGGGGCAGACACUCGUGUACCGACACGUGGUGGUGGAUCUCAGUGCCUAGGGCUGCCGAGGCCGCUGGGUUCUGCGGGCUGCGGAGGAAGCCGGGUGGGAGCCUGGGUGUGAGCAGCACGUGUGCCCGUGUGAAGACACACAUAGCCAGCCUGCACCUGGGCCUCACGCGCACCUCCGUGGGCACAGGCACGCACCGUGGACUAGCCCAGGUUCUUAGCAUUGUAAUCAGCAUGAACACUUGUCUACAUACCUGGCAACCCAGCUCCGGGGCCCCUCCUAGAUGUAGACACCCGUCAACCCGUACCUGUCUGUAAGCACCUCCCCACCUUGCUCUGCUGACUUGGAAUACUCUGGCUCUAGGGAGGGGUGUAGGGCAAGGGACACUGAAGCUCCCCGCCUGUACCUUGACUUCUCUUUCUGACCCUGGUCUCUCCUGUUGGUGCUCCAGGUGUCUCUACCUGCUCAGGCCGUGCUCCUUCUGCAUGCACACGUGGAUGCUGGUGGGCACAUGCUCACACCACUGUCUCACCCCCAUUUCCACGUGCACACAUGCGGGUUCAGCUGCCUGGGGGCCCCUCCCCUCCCCCACAGGGCCUCCUCUGCUACCCUAGUGUGUCCCCCCUGCAGCUGAUAAGGAUGGGAAUGGGCCACCAGCUUGACCUCCUGGGGCAAACUCUUCUGCCCAAAGCAGUGACGACAGUCCCAGCAGACCCUGGCUUCUUCCUAGAGCUGUCUCGUUCUCAUUGCAAUUUCCUUCUUUGAUCCUGGAUCCAGCUCAGCUGUGGACAGGAGCCCACUCAAGCAAAAGCCUCUUGGUUUUUCUUUUCCUGCUGCAGUUGCUGCCCCAGACUGCCUCUGAGGCUACCCCAUGGUUCAGCCAGCCUUCAGGGUGGGGGCUGUGAACUGGUCUGGCUCUCUGGGUGGGUCCAAGAACUGGUCAAGCCGGGGGUCCUGCAAGCACCUGGGCAAGUGGACUGGAGAGGAUCUUGGGGGCCCUGACACCUCCUCAAUGCACAGAGGCACAGGCCAGGAUCACGGUCUUCCAGUACAAGCCCACGGAGGAGGGGUGUGCAGGAGGAGCCCCUGGGAGCCGGACUUCUGCUGCCCUCUGCUGUGUGCGACAACAGCCAGCACUGGGGUGCGAGGCUAGUGAACAGCAGUGGGCAGGGAGGCUCUUUCCUGGGCCCAGGCUGCCUGAGAGGGUCUCAGGGCAGAACACAAGGGACCCUUGGUGGUGGUGGAGGGGGGGGCACAAUGCUGAGACUUACUUGCUUCAAAUAAAAGUUCCUGCCCUGUUUGCAGGCUCUCAGGUGA